CCCCACCCAACCGCCGCCUUUAAUCGCCAGUUCUUAAUCUCAGGUUGGGGGAAAAAAGUCUCGCCGGUCGCAAACCACUCUCCGCGGAUUUGGGAUUUGGGCGGCGCUCGAGGUAAACCAGACCUUAGUGACACAUGGCUCGUACUAAGCAAACUGCUCGCAAGUCCACUGGAGGGAAGGCUCCCAGGAAGCAACUAGCCACCAAGGCUGCCCGUAAGUCUGCGCCCACAACUGGUGGAGUGAAGAAGCCUCACCGUUACCGCCCUGGGACUGUUGCUCUUCGUGAAAUCCGCAAGUACCAGAAGAGCACUGAGCUGCUCAUAAGGAAGCUUCCAUUCCAGAGGCUUGUCAGGGAGAUUGCCCAGGAUUUUAAGACUGAUCUGCGUUUCCAGAGCCAUGCGGUGCUUGCCCUGCAGGAGGCCGCGGAAGCAUACCUGGUGGGUCUGUUCGAGGACACCAACCUGUGCGCCAUCCACGCCAAGCGUGUGACCAUCAUGCCCAAGGACAUUCAGCUGGCUAGGAGGAUCCGUGGCGAGAGGGCUUAGGUUCUCUGCUGCUACAGAGAAUAGCUCUGGUGUGCAUCUGUUCGAUGCGGCUGCUUUUGUGAUGUUGGUGCUUAACGUCUGCCAGUGUUUUGAACCCUGAAAUAGUUAGUGUUCGUUCGUAGUGCUAGGUGGUGCUGCAGUGUUUUCUAGUGUGUUUUAGGAUUUAAUCGUCUUCUACUAUUUGUCUGAAACGGCUGGUUUUCAUCCAUCCACCUGAUGGGUCUGUAUCUAGGCUUAUCUGAACCUUAAAUUGAUAUGUCAAGCAAGUUGUGAACUUUUAGAUUUUGUUA